AUGUGCAUAAAAUGCUUACACUGUCGACAGUUUAACUUUACAAAGGAGAUGUUUGUUGCUGAGAUUGCAGAAUACUUUCAGCAGGCGGGUUUUACAACACUCACCUACGACCCUCGAUCGAUAGGGGCAAGUGAUGGAUCACCACGCAACAAUAUUGAUCCCACUCGGAAUGCUGCCGACUAUCACGACGCUCUGAGCUUUCUCAAAUCUCAUCCACGCGUAGAUCCCUCGCGUAUCGCUUUUUGGGGAUUUUCCUUCAGUGGAAUGGUGGCCUUAACUGCGGCUGCCCUUGAUAAACGGGCUAAAGCGGUGAUCGCUGUCUGCCCACUGAGUGUGUUUGAAUAUCCCCCCGAGAAAUGGCCCGGAGUACUAUCCAAGGCCAUGAAGGAUCGGGAGUCACAGCUUGGGGGAAACAAGCCCUUUUACAUCCCAAUGAUCACUGAUACCGGUGAGAAUCCCGCAGGCUUUGGCUCGGGAAUCGACCAGGAAGGCUUCAACCUAAUUAUUGGGGCCAAGUCCCUGGUUCCCAACUUUGAACUUCCUACCACACUUGAAAGUUACUAUCACAUCGCCGCCUGGCAGCCCUUGGGGCUGAUGCCAUUCGUGUCUCCAACCCCUGUUAUGGUGGUGACCCCAGAACUCGACCACGUUUCUCCAGCAAUCAAGCAAAAGAAUCUAAUCUUUGAUAAGUUUCAAGAGCCCAAACGCCAUCUGGUAGUGUCUGGAAAAGGGCAUAUGGAUGUUUUGAGUGGGGAUGAGUUUGGCCCUGUUCUCGAUGCGCAGGUGGAGUUCUUGCGUGGCAUUUUCAGUGCAUGA